GCACAAGAACAAUUCACAUAACCUAAUCUGUCAGAAAAUUGUGUAUUAAAUUAACAACAAUAGUAACAAAUGUAGAAAAUUGUGAAAAAUGCUGGUCGUAAUGGUGUGACAAAUAUCCCAAAACCGUCUAUUUAGGUUAAAUUAUCAUAAUAAUAAAUAUUUCUUGUCCAAUACUCGAACCAACAACAGUCGAAGUAAGAAGAAUCGUUGACUCUGAUCACGUUGAAUUGAAAUUUGAUUUAUCUACCUAUUUAUCUUAUAGAAGGAAUAUUUAAGAAAGAUGGCAUCUGAGGAUAUCAAUCAUCAUACUAUAGUAGCCUCAUCGGAAGAAAAUGGACAACCUGUUACCAGUACUUUACAACAGGAUGGUAAUAGCAGAGAUCAAAACACAACUAGGCAACAUAAUCCGGGAAGUCGCCAGAAUAAUCUUCAAAGGAUACAGCAACGCAAGCAGCAAAUGUUCAACUUACCUCGAACCAAAAAACUGUUGAAACUUGCAACCUAUAGCACUUGCCAGAUAGAAGAAUGCAAAUGCACCAGUUGGAAAAACGCACAACCAUUCACAAAACCACAGAAAGGUGACACACAGCAGCCUGUAAUUAAUUUCUUUGAUCCAUGCAAGUUGUGUAAUCAUUCUUUAGAAAGUCAUAUUACGCAUCUAACAUCUCAACCUGAGGAAGAAAUUAACAGAUUGCUAGGAAUGGCUAUUGAUGCUGACAAUAUAUUUAUGAGUAUACAUAGGGAAGAAGAUAUUGAUACUAAGAAAGUAUAUUACUAUUUAUAUAAAUUGUUGAGAAAAUGUAUUAUGUCUAUGGCAAAACCGAUUGUAGAAGGCCCGUUGGGGCAGCCACCAUUUGAAAGACCUAGUAUAGCGAAAGCCGUAAUGAAUUUCGUCUUGCAUAAAUUUAGCCAUUUGUCACCGAGAGAAUGGCAAGGUAUGUGCGACAUGGCGAAAAUGUUUUUGCACUGCCUGAAUCAUUGGAACUUCGAAGCGCCCAGCGCUAGACGAACGACAGUCAAUGCGGAAGAAGCUCCGGCUUACAAAGUUAAUUAUACCCGUUGGCUUGUCUUCUGCCAUGUGCCUGCAUUUUGUGACUCUUUAACGCAUCACGAUACUCCCCUAGCCUUUGGAAAAACUCUGUUGCAAGCCGUAUUUAGGCCAGUAUGUAGACAAUUAAUGGACAAAUGCCACAGCGAAAGAGACAAAAUAGCGCCGGAGAAGAGAGUUCUGGUUUUAACACAUUUUCCAAAGUUUCUUUCAAUGUUGGAUGAAGAAAUUUAUUCCGACAACUCACCCAUCUGGAAUCCUGAUUUUAAACAAGCACCACCUUCUCAUCUGCAAACUGCUUUGGAAUCAAAAGGACAUCAAACAAGGAAGGCGGGAGAAUUUGAGAAGGUCACAGUCACACCGAAUGAAAAAGAUAACUUUACGACGAUAAACAUCUGUCCUGGAGUGAAGAAACUUCAGGAGAAACGUCCUAACACGGAUGGAGCACGAGUUGAUGCGAAGAAGCGAAAAAUUGAUGAUAAUUUUGAGGAUCUGCCAGACGAUACCAUCGCUGAAAUCGUUGCAUCUAUUAACGAUACUAAUUAUAUGUCAGGUUCUGAUGCAGUAUUCCCACCGAAUGUUCCACGGGACGAAACUGCCAAAAUGGAAGAAAGUAAAAAGAUCAUAGAGUUUCAUGUAGUUGGAAAUAGCCUUACGCGACCAGUAUCUAAGCAGACUAUGCUUUGGCUGAUAGGGUUGCAAGAUGUGUUCAGCCAUCAGUUACCUAAAACUCCUAAAGAGUACAUAACACAGCUUGUUUUUGAUCCCAAACAUAAGACACUAGCCUUGAUAAAGGAUGGUCGACCAAUCGGUGGUAUUUGUUUCUGUAUGUUCCCGAGCCAGGGCUUCACGGAGAUAGUAUUUUGUGCGGUAACGAGUCACGAGCAAGUAAAAGGUUACGGAACGCAUUUAAUGAACAUGUUGAAGGAUUAUCAUAUCAAAAACAAUAUAUUGCAUUUUCUCACAUUCGCGGACGAUUUCGCAAUUGGAUACUUUAGAAAACAAGGAUUCAGCAACGACAUCAAGCUACCCAAGUCGGUUUAUAACGGAUACAUCAAAUACUACGUGAGCGCGAUGUUGAUGCAUUGCGAGCUGAACGCGAGGAUUGUAUACACUGAAUUCACAGCGGUCAUCAGAAAGCAAAAGGAAAUCGUCAAGAAACUGAUUCAUCAGAAGCAACAGGAAGUACCGAAAGUGCACCCGGGAUUGACGUGUUUCAAGGAAGGCGUGAGGGGCAUCCCCAUCGAAUCUAUCCCGGGAAUUCAUGAGACUGGAUGGAAAAGUUCCGCCCAGACUAGAACGCGCGGUGUGACGAAAGCAACACCGAGUUCAGAGACGAUAGACCCGAGUCUAGAGACAGCUGAUUCUCUGUAUAACUCGUUGAACAGUAUUCUCAACAGUGUCAAGAAGCACAGCGCAGCUUGGCCUUUUCUGAAACCUGUAGACAAGAACGAUGUUCCGGAUUAUUAUGAUCACAUAAAGUAUCCUAUGGAUCUCAAGACCAUGCACGAUCGCCUGAACGCGAAAUACUACGUAACUAAAAAACUAUUUACAGCGGACAUGAUACGGAUUUUCACAAACUGUAGAUUGUAUAACAGUCCUGGCACUGAGUAUUACCGUUGUGCCAAUGCCUUGGAGAAAUGCUUUCAAAAGCGUAUGAAGGAGGCCGGUCUCUGGGAUAAGUAGAUUCUCUUAAAUGAUAAAUUAUUGCGAUAAAAUGACGUUGGCAGUCGACACUUCCUAAUUUAUUCUCAUUAUUCGAAGAAUCCAACUAUUUUAUAAAGAACAUUCUCAAAUACCGAGAUAUAAUACUGCUUUUUGUGCAGUAUUUGUAUAAAGAUGAAACGAUAUCGAUGUCUAUCUGCGCGGAAGUGCACGUCGGAAUCAUCAAAAACGAGAGGAGAAUACCAAGAAAAAAUGUUUGAUAUUUUCCUUUUUGUUUUGUUUAGAUUAUAUGGUCCUUGUGUAAACUCACACGUGUAACUCGAAAUAUUUUGUUAAUUUUUCGAAGUUGCGCUGUACUUCACAAUUAUAGUAUUUUUUUUUUUUCUUUCGAUUGCUUUCCUCACGCUAUUCUGACAUGCACCUCUCGUUAAUUAGAGAUGUCUGUGUGCGUGUGUGCAUGUAUAUAUGAACGCGUGUGUAUAUAAGUGUAUAUAAUUGCAAAGUAGUGAGUGCCGCUUGUCUAAUUUUUAACCGGAUAUUUUAUAUAACAUGACUCGCGAGUGCAAUUGUUUGUACGUGGUCCUUUUUUAUUACCAGCAUCGUAUCGUUAAAAAUAUUAGGAGUCGUUUUAUGCAAAAAUCUCAAACUAGAAUGAGUACUUAAUUUCACAGCCUAAUUAGUAUCAUUAGCUGAACAGUUAAUUAGGGAGCGUAAUACGGCGAUUGUAAGGAUGCUCUGAUAGGCGAUCAUUCUACGGAACAGCGACUCGCUGUAAUGUGCGCUGGUUUGUAAAAUAUCCUUAAUGGAAUAAAGCUUGUUAUCCGCAAGUGAUGCGAACGCAAUGAAACUAGUGACUGCGAUUCAGUAGCCACGUUGAUAUGUGCGUUAUUGAAUCAAUAAAAAAAAAACGAUAUUCAUUCUUAUAUCGCUCAGUUAUGUUUUUCGAUAAAUAUAUGAGUCUUCUUGAUAGCUGUAAGCACUAUAA